CUUUUACCACUCAGUCAUGUGUAUUUUUGCUAUAGUUCCAUGUAAAGUUUUAUAAAAAAAAGUGGACGUAAUAUAAUGUCAGACUUGUAUCUCAAAACGCGAAGCAUCAAUCAGAACAUUUGUAAACAAUUUUUUAAUGCUCAAAACACUGGUAGAAGAAUUAAACAUCAUGGAGUUCCAUCUGCACUUAACAAGAGUGAACGGUACGGUGUGGAAGAUUAUUUGAGAAAAAGUCAUACUGGUGUUUGGGAUUUAAUCGAAACUCUAGAUAAAUUGUAUUUCUUAAAGAAAUUUGAUACAUUGCCAGUGUUGGAAUCUUUAGAGAAGUUACAUAAGUUAUUUACAGAAGACGAUGCUAACUUUCACAUGGUCACCAAUGCAAAGACUGCACGUAACAUGACAGUACCAGACAUUUUUUACAUGAACGGUGGCACUAAAGUUAUACUAAGAGUCUUAUUUCAUCCUGUAGUAAAUGGAAAAGCAGACACAUUGUCAAUAUCAAAUGAAGCACAACGAAAGAUUCGAGUUUAUUGUUUUGAAAUAUUGCGCAGUGUUUGCUUAGCGGUUGAGAAUGUUGCUUUGAUGGUUGGUAAAUUUGAUCAUUUAAUUGAAUUUUUAUUUUCAUGCAUGGAAGAUAGAAAAACUUUUUUGGCUGCUUCUACUUUAUUGGAGGAAUUAUUGGCAUCAAAUCGUAAAAUUGUAGACCUGUCUCAGAUAAAAAAUCUUCAAAGUCUCACUGUAAAUUUAAGAGAGUCAAAUUUCCCUGGUUUUUGUCGUAUUUUAUCAACUGCAGUGGCUGAUAUCGAUUUUUCGGAACAGAGAUGUACAUUAUUGGCACAAGACAAAGAAGAACAUGAUAGAUCACAUGAAAAAUCACUUGCAGAUUUAAAUCAAGGCCUGCUAUUGAGUUAUCCAGAAUUUCUGAGCAGAAUGGUUAAAUUAGCCAGCAAGCCAUUCCCCGGUGGCUCUUUAAUCAGUCAAAUACCACCUGCUUUGCAAAGUCUGGUUUUAAAUGUUCCAAUACCAAUGGAGAAUAUUCACGAAAUACUGGAUGGCGAUGACCCACCUCCAAUUUCUAGCUUAUUUUCUUUAAAUAACCAAAGCAAUGCUAGUAGCCACCCAUCUUCAUCUAAUAAUUCUCAAACAUUUGAACAUCCUACAUGGCUUCCUCUUCCUGUGCAGGUUAUGAAUGAGGUGAUGCAUAAAGUAGAGAUCUUGUAUGUUUUGACAUUAUUUCUUUGUGGAAAAUAUAAAUAUGAUGUUCAAGCGAAGCUGAGUGAUUUAAAAUUUAUUCCAAUGUUGUGUGAUAUGUUUGAUAAAUUAUACUGGAAUACAGAAAGCAAUCGAUUUCCUCGACACAAUCAUCAUGAAGACGAAGAUUGUGACUGCACACCGGAAAGUGCUUUGAAAAUUCAGUUUUUAAGAUUUGUUCACAGUUUCUGCGAUCACAACGAUAAAAGAUAUUUACUUCUUUGCUCUCGUGAAAUUCAAGAAAUGAGAGACUUAUGUGACAAAUAUGGUACACAAAGACCAGUUUCAUUAGAUAAAUCACGAAGUAAAUACAGAUGCAGUGGUCAAAAAGGUCUCAUCACUAAAAUAAUUGAUGUGUUAAAAAAAACUGCAGCAAAUAAUGCUUUAAGAUUCUGGUUGUCAAGAGCAAUUGAAGGUUUUCUGAGAGGUUCUGUAUCUCCACCAGAUCAACAUUUCUUAAUUAAUAGGGGUCUCAUUAAGCAUCUUUACGAACAUAUUGUAACCAGUGAUACUAAAGCAAAAGAGAUUAUUCAAAGUAGUUUUGAUUUGCUUGGUGAAUUAAUGAAGUUUAACGUAGCUGGAUUCGUACAAUUCAAUCAGUCAGUAGAAUCAGGGGCACAGUUCGAAAAGUUUUUAUCGGUUAUGACGUCAAGUGUGGUGGACUCGAAUAUGUUUAUUCGUUGUAUUGUGUUGUCCCACGAGAGGUUCUCCUCCACUGGAGUAUAUAACACACAACAGUGUCACCUCAGUGGAAUAAUCAAAAAAUGGGAACAUAAAAUAUAUUUAAUGUACAAGCUAAUAACCUCAAUCUCAGUUGACAGUCUAACACAGGAAAAUGUUAGCUGUUUAAACACUACUCUAAUAUUUUUAAUGUUUGCGUAUAAUCAUGGUCAGCUUGAUAAAUACCUACAAGCCUUUCUGACUGAAGAAGAAGCACAAAAACAUCCUGGGUUAAUUCUGUCAAAUUUAAGAGAGUUGUUAUUAUUUUGGAAAACACAUUACCUGAAUCGUGAAAAAGACUGUGCUCAACUUCAACAAAGUUCAUCAAUAACAUUUGAGAAAUGGCAGAGUGUUGUUGAUGUUAUGCUAAGUGAAGACAUUUCCAAACAAACAUCAAUAUUGUGUUAUCUGACACCAAAGCAUACGAACAGUAUACAUUUUAGGACUGUCGAUUAUCUAUCUAGGGAUGCAUAAACACUAAUUUUUUUAAAACAUGUAAAUAUAACUAAUUAAAAGAGCUAUUAUGUUUGAGGGUUGGUGUUUUAGUAGCAGGUUUGUCAGAAAAUCUUUCAAAACUAGAUACCAUGGCUGGUUAUGAAGUUUGUAUCAAGCUGUUUGAAAGUACAGUCUAAAAUGUUAAGAUAUUGAAUGCUGCAGGUUUAUAUUGUUUGUUUUGUUUAAUUGAAUGUAUCUAUGUUUGUUUGUUUGUUUAUUUGUUAGUUUCAGAUGGUGUUUGUUUUUUUAGAGAGGGGGUGUACUUUGGGGGGUUUGGGAUAUCUUUUGUUUAUUUCUUUUUUGAUAUAACAUACUAAACACAGACACCACUUGGUACGAAAUCCUAUCCUUAGUUCAGAAUAGGUCAAUUGAACUUGUCUGUGAAAACAUUGUCUAUCAUUGUCCAAUAAUUUAUUUUAUUUAUUUCUCUUACGGAAAGUAUUAAAAGAUUCGCCAUCAUGAAAUCCUGCAUCAUUUUGUUUAAAACUCAAGGUUAUUUGUACGCGUCACUUUUUUGUUUUCCAUUCUGCUUGUUUUCGUCCAUCACAUACACUGAAUUUUAUUAUUUUUUCUAAAUAGCAUUUACAUACCAUUGAUGUGUAUAUAUCUUUUACGUUUAUAACCUAGCCAGCAUUUGAAUUAGGAAGUAUUUAGCAAAAAGGGGUACAAUAACAAUUGAAUAUUUGUGAUUGUUUUCUGUUAACUCAUGGCAAAACUUAAAUUGUCAUUUUUUUAGCAGGAAAUUUUAGUUUUACAAUUUUAAAGUGACAUAUGAAUGGUCUGCUACAGUAAAACAAUCUGGAACUUGCUAUCACUAAACUGCUUGUUAAAUAUUUCUGAAAAUAUUGAAUAUAUAUCCAAAGGUUAUGUGAAUUUUGGUACAGAAUUUUGAAACAAUUUUUUUAAAAACUUAUCUUUUAAUAAAAAGAAUUUUCAUAAUUCUUUUCAUGGAGGAUCUAAGAAAAUACUCUGUUAAUAUUUUAAUAAGUUUCACUAAAGGUUGCUUUCCAUUGAGGUGCUUUUUGCUGCUCAUAUCGUACUUACUUUAUUAAAAAAGUUGUGUGUGAAGACGGUUAGAAUGUGACACGCCUUAAGCUUCAAAAAAUUCCGAAUACUGAAUGGUUUGGUCAAGAGUGCUUUAAUGGAAGGCAGGGUCAAGGUUUCAAUGCAGUUUAUUUUGUUUUUAUAUUUUAUUUAGGCUUUUGGGGGGAAUAUUUUGAAUUUGAAUUAUUUGUCAUGAGAUAAUUACCUCUUUUAUUUAAAUUUUUACUUGUUCACUUUAUAUACUUUUUUGACACAUUUUUGUUUAUCAUGUCAUGGACCUAAUAACUAAUAAGGUAGUUUGAUUCGGUAUAAAUGUUACCAAAAUGUAAACAUUCAGGUCUGUGCCAUUAUUAAAGUGGUCUCUUAUGUAAACAUCGAGUCUUUGAGUUUAAUCCCAGAACAUUAAAGCAUUUCUUUUUUGUUUAAGUUGUAUAAUUUUCUUUACAAAAACCUUGUUGGACUAAUGUUAUCUUUUAUAUGAUAAAAGCACCUAUCCUUUGUUUUGUGGAGCUCUUUGCAAUUUACGUUAUUUUCACACAUUGAAUGGGAAAAAAUUCUUAUAGCGUCUAACAGAGUUUUUUAAAACACUCCCAAAAUCAGACCUUUGUAUAAAUAACAUUAUAGGUUAUAUAGUCUUUUUUUAAAUACGUUAAUAUUGUAUAUAAGGCAUGGCAUAGAAUGUAAGUAGAUGUUUUUAACAAUUUUUUUUGGAAAAACUUUUAUUAAUGAAAGUAUAAUUUCGGAUUGGCUAAAAAGUGUUGUUAUUUUCAAUGACAUGAUCCGUGUUUAAUACAUAGAUGUAGUAAAUUAAAAUUGAUUACAUCUAUUUAUGCACUGAGGAUGGUUUGUUCUGAAUAGCUUAUGCUUUUUUAAACUUGUUUUUAUAUUUUACUUUUUACCAUAUUUAUUCUAUGGCGAGUUACUAUAAUAUAGGUAAGAGUAUUUCCCUGA